CUAGCUAGCUCAUUGUAGGUAAAUACAGCCAGACACAAGUACCCAAAUCAAAUUAGCCUUCAAACAAUCAAAAUUUCUUAGUGAACAUCUACUCCAUCAUAUAUUAAAAAAAAAACAACGUUUUAUUCAAUUCAACCAUUCCCCACCACCACGAAGAUUGCAUAUGGUUUCUAUAAAUACACUCACAAAAUACAAUCUGUAAUAUCUCAUCAUCUUUCCACAUCCCAAUCUCCCAAACCAUCAGCCUAUACUGUUCAUCAUCAGUACAAAACCGUCUAGCUAGCGACAUGGGUAUGCAAAUGCAAUGCAGGGGAAUGAUCAUGAUCGUGGCUUCCAUUUUUCUGGCGACAACGGUGGUGCUAGCCUCUUCUUCAGCGACGCUUGAAUCCGCCGCCGUCGCUAAUAGUAACGCGACCAGGCCAGGAGCAACACCACCUUCACUGCCAAGGUGCAGAAGGGGGACGAUGGAGCCAAAAGUGGCGGCGAAGUGCUGGAUAGCAAUAAUCGAGGUCCCUUUAUGCGUGUUUCAGAUCGUGAAGGCGUUCGACGGCGGAUCGGUGUUCAGCAUCGGCAAGGCCUGCUGCCACGCCUUCAUCGACCUCACCGACGACUGCAAGAUCGAGGUCUUCCAGAAGUCGGAGUUCUUCCCGGCCAUCGAGAAGUUCUGUGCGGCCAUCGGCGGCGGCGGCGCCAAUACGACUACUACUACUGCGGCCGGUCUCGGCAACUAAUUAAGCUCCAUCUCCUCGUUCGGCUUGAUGAUCAUAUGUAAUUUUCUUUUGUUCACGCCUAAACUAAGUGUGGAAAGAAAGUAGCUAAUUUCGAUAUUGUAUGCCCCAUUGUAAAAUAAUUAUAAACUAGCCUAGGCCCCGGCCAUUGGCCGGAGGAAAGUGAGGUAUGAAAUUUGAUAAUGUAAUGGGGUGUAUGGCUUAUUGUUGUAUAGUUUUUUUCUUUUUUUUGGGAAAUCAGCCUUAUGAACCAAAAUCAAGUACCUGUUACCUUGUGAAACAAUAUUGUUUCUGGUAAUAUGGUGAGGUGGAGUAAGUUUUAUAGAAACCAAAUUCCAGAAAAUCGAAUAAAAAAUUGCCUAUCCCGUCGGUUUUCGGGAAAUGAGCAUCUCACAAUCGUUGCUAGCUUUUACUCGGCCCGUUGGCCGAUUAAUUUGCUUUAUAAAACUUUCAUCUUGUCAUCAUUGUGCUUUCUGGUUUUUUGCCAAGCCAUGAUAAAAUCUAAAGAAAUCAAGAAUGAACAACACGAUUUGGGAUAGGAACCACCGUUCAUGUAUCCCUAGAAAAUGGUGAUAAACACGAACUCACCUGCCAAACUGGUUUGGAUUGAGAUUUUUAUCGGGUAUCAGGGAACCAUGUGAUUAUAAAUUAGACUUGAUCAAAACGGACCAAAACUUGAAAUUCAGCCUAUUUGACCGACCCAUGCCAAACUCUAAUUAUUCUUUAUUUUUAAACUUUCUAUUUGAAAAUAAAAAAUAAAGAAAGAAAAGAGAUGACUGCAAUUCGCCAUUUGCACAUCACUGAUUCGGGAAUAAAACUAUACAAUUUCGAAAGGAAACUGAAAAAAUUUAGGAUCGUUUUAAUGUUAAAAAUAACCAAGUAGAUCUUUCUGUUUAGUUUUUUACUAACGAAUACCAAACGAUUCCCUAUAAUUUAAUCAUUAUGAUAUCAAAUAAUUACAUAAAAUAUAUUUGAAAUGAUAAAAAUUGGACUAAUUGGGUUGUCGAAGUUGAACCAUUGAAUAACUUUAAAAUACAUUAUAUUUUAGCCACUAAGAUAUGAAAUAAUAGCAUAAUAUAUAUUAUGCUAGAGAAAAUAGCUUGUUUUAGAAUGACAAACCCAUAAUGUUCAUUUGUUUUACUUGAUGGGCAAAUCCUGUGUAGGUCAGACCCAUUCAACUCUUUUAUUUUAUAAUUAGCGGUUAGCCCAUUAGAAUCCAUGCAUUAGUUUAUUGUUAAUUUUUUUUUCUUUUUAGCAAUAAAAAGGAGUAUUGUUUUUGCCUUUUCAUAUAUAUUUUACCACCAUAGAGAAAUAAAAGGACUUAAAAGAAAAAAAUUGACACUCCUGGACCCGUUUAAAUCCGCAUGUGUACGGUAAGUUGCCCCGUUCCACAGAGGAAAAAGAAAAAAAAUUGACACUCCCUAUUCUACCCUUCCUACAAACGCUCAUGGAGCAGGGAAUUUGAAAUGGGGGAAGGGGUUUUUUUUUUCUCAGCGAUUAUAUGUUUUAAUUUAAAAAGAUACAACAAAUGUACUUAGUGUGAUUGGUUAUGAUCUUUGAUUUUCUUUAAAGUGGUCAUGGUUCGAAUCCUAGUAAGUGUCUUUUUAAUGAAUAAAAAAAACGUAAUUGUGAAGACCAAAACGUCCUUCCUACUUUCACUCUGGAUGCAGAAAAUUUGAAAUGGGGCUUCAAAUUUUCUCGUUUGGCUUUUAUUUAUUAUGUAGAUGGAUUUCUCAUACUUUUUUUCUCUCUCCGUUAGCUUGUUAAAAAUGUUAUUUGAAAAAAAAAAAAUCGGCCGAAAUCUGUGAUGGUAUCCCUUUAGAAUCUAUGAAAAUGACCCUGAAAAAAUCAGUCCGCCUAAUAGACUUACUCAUUGGUA